AUGAAUAAUUUAUCUCGAUAUUAUGAUGCUUCAUUCAAGCAACGUGUUAUUGAAUAUUAUUUACAAAAUCAACCAAACGUUAGUUUCCGUUCUGUAGCCAAAUUUUUUCAUAUUCAUGGUGGUCAUGCAACAGUAAAGCGGUGGUUUGGUAGGUAUGAUGGAACAAUUUUAUCAUUACAACAACAGAAGCGUUCGGGAAGACCGUCAAUAUUGAAUCAAGAACAAAUUGAUCAAUUUAUUACACGAGUUGUUCGUUCUCAUAAUCGUAUGUCAUGUUCCAUUAAUUAUAGUAAAAUCACAAAUUUGAUUCGUCAAAAAAGAAAAUCGAAUAUUUCUAUUCGAAUAGUUCAACGUUAUGGGAAGAAGAAUGGUAUCAAACCAAAGAAAACGAUCAAGCAUACUGCUAAAGAAAUAAGCGAUGCUUCUUGUGAAAGCGUAGCAAAAUUACGUCGUAAACUUCAACGAAUAUCAAAUAAAAAAAUAAUCUUUCUUGAUGAAACUCACAUUAAAAUAAAUGAAGUACCAAGAACAACACUCGUUGCACCAGGUGAAAAACCAUAUGUAAUUGUUACCGAUUCAUCAUCAUAUGCUGCUCGUUAUGAUAUGAUUGCGGCUGUAGUUGGUGAUCAAGUGCUUCCAUCAAUUAUUUAUUCACCAACAGAUAGAAAGACAAAAAAUGUCAAAGGCAUCAACAGCAAUAUGUUGAUUGAUUUCAUCGAAAAUAUCUUAUACCCUUCAAUCAGUACACUUGAUCAUUGUCCUAUAUAUUUUGUAUUAGAUAAAUCACAUAUUCAUAACAUCUCUAAAAUUAAAGAAGCACUUGAUAAUUUCGAAUGCACGAAAUCAGUAGAAAUAUUGAUUAUACCUACUCAAGCAGCAAAACGCAUCAAUCCACUGGACAAUGCCUUGUUUCAUGAAUGGAAAGAACGAGUGAGACAACAUUCCUUACUUACUAAAGAAACUUUGGCGACAACUAUGACGAAUGAGUGGUUUAAUACAAGAAAAGACAACAUUAAACAUUAUUAUGAUCAUUGUGGUAUUACAUAUGGCCAAGAUGUAUAUAAAGAUUGUCCAUUUCCAUUAAAUCAUCAUCAUCAUUCUUCAUAA